GACAAAAAUAAAAAUAGAAUUUCAGAGAAGAAACAUAAGAAUGAGUGGGAAUGCGGUGCUUCUGAUCCUCUUGAUAGUAACCAACCAAGGCUUGAAUGGGAGUUGUAGACCCUUGCACGGGCAAAGGCCAAGUGACAUAGGGGUCUCACAAAGAGGUCUUCUCCCGCCUUCUGGGCCAUCUAAUUGCACUUACAUACCCGACCGUGUUGACAAUAACGGUAACCCUUGUAAAAUUCAUAGGUGAUGCUUAUUUUUCAUGUUUUUUCUGUUCUGUCAAUUGUUCCCUUGUGCUUGCUGGGGAAAAAUAAAAUUCCAGCAAUUGCUGUAUAUAUUUUCUUAAAACUUUGAAAUAGACUGUUAAACAUAGUUUCUUUCUUUCUUUCUUUCUUUCUUUUUUGGUAAUUAGGAGACAGCUGUAAUCAACUCCAUUCUCCAAUGGUGCAAGUGUCAAAUCCCAAUCAUUUGUGAUGCAAUGAAAUUUUAAUGUUCGG